AAGCAAAAACCGCCGAUAGAUAGCCACUUCUCGUCGUAAGAGAAAAGCAAAAACACUCUCAGGUUAAGCUUUCUCUAUCUCUCCUUACAUAUCUUGUUUUUAGGUCAUAAUAGCUUUCUUACUGUUCCAAACCAACCCAUUUCUGAACCCUAUUGCAGAACAGCUCUGCAAUCAGAGGUUUUCGAGAUUUUUGGGUUAUUGGGUAAUGGUAUUUUUAGACUAAGUCGGGAGAUAAUGGAUUCAGUAGUUCCUAUAAGGCAAACCCCUGAUGGGUUUUGCUCAUUUCACAAAACUAGUUUGGAGAGUACGAGAAAUACUAGUACUUUUGGAGGUAGCCUUGUGGGAGUCGCAGUUGGCUGCAAAGCCCGUUUACUUGUUAUGUCUCAUAACAUUCAGUGUAGGAUUAAUGAGGGUUCUUCGAAACAUAGGCGAAAACAUGUCCUUGCGGUUUCAAAGAUUGAAGCUUUGAGCUCCAAUGGCAGAUUGCAAGAGAACUUUGAGAAAAACCCAUUUGACCACUUGAAUGGCACCAACUCAUUGGCAAAUUCUGGGCAUUCCACUCGGAAUUUUGAGGAAUUUGAGGGUAACAAGAGGCUCCGCCGGUUUGUUAGAAACGGGGAAUUGGAGGAAGGGUUUAAGGUUCUUGAGAGGAUGGUUUAUCACGGUGAUAUACCGGACAUUAUCGCUUGCACGAGUUUAAUUCGGGGUUUUUGUAAGAUUGGAAAGACUAAAAAGGCGAGUCGGGUGAUGGAGAUUUUAGAGGAGUCAGGGGCUGCUCCUGAUGUUAUAACUUACAACGUUUUGAUCAGCGGCUACUGCAAGUCAGGGGAGAUUGACAAUGCUUUGCAGGUUUUGGACCGAAUGAGCGUUGCUCCUGAUGUUGUCACGUAUAAUACGAUUUUGCGAACUCUGUGUGAUAGCGGGAAAUUGAAGGAAGCAAUGGAAGUUCUUGAUAGGCAGCUAAGGAGGGAGUGUUAUCCAGAUGUGAUUACAUACACCAUAUUGAUUGAAGCAACUUGUAAAGAAAGUGGAGUUGGGCAGGCGAUGAAGCUCUUAGACGAGAUGAGGAGUAAAGGAUGCAAACCGGACGUGGUAACUUAUAAUGUUCUCAUUAAUGGGAUUUGCAAGGAGGGGAGAUUGGAUGAAGCAAUCAAGUUCUUGAACAACAUGCCAUCAUACGGUUGCCAUUCUAAUGUGAUUACUCAUAACAUCAUUUUGCGUAGCAUGUGUAGCACCGGCAGGUGGAUGGAUGCCGAAAAGCUAUUAGCUGAAAUGGUUCGAAAAGGAUGUUCUCCUAGUGUUGUUACUUUCAACAUAUUGAUCAACUUCUUGUGCCGGAAAGGUUUGCUUGGUCGGGCGAUUGACAUUCUGGAGAAGAUGCCGAAGCAUGGUUGUACUCCUAAUUCCUUGAGCUACAACCCUUUGCUUCAUGGGUUUUGCAAAGAGAAGAAGAUGGCUAGGGCAAUUGAGUACUUGGAUGUAAUGGUAUCUAGGGGCUGUUACCCCGAUAUUGUGACCUACAACACUUUGCUAACAGCAUUAUGCAAAGAUGGGAAGGUUGAUAUUGCUGUGGUGAUCCUCAAUCAGCUAAGUAGCAAGGGCUGCUCUCCGGUUUUGAUCACCUACAAUACCGUGAUUGACGGGCUUUCGAAGGCGGGGGAAACAGAACGCGCCAUCAAACUCUUGUAUGAAAUGCAGAGAAAGGGUCUCAAGCCUGACAUCAUCACGUACUCUUCGCUUGUUGGAGGGCUUAGUAGGGAAGGAAAGGUUGAUGAAGCGAUCAAGUUUUUCCAUGAUUUAGAAGGAUUCGGUAUCAAGCCCAAUGCCAUCACCUUCAACUCGAUCAUGUUGGGACUUUGUAAGGCUAGGCAAACCAGUCGCGCAAUCGACUUUCUGGCUCAUAUGGUGUCCAAAGGAUGUAAACCCACUGAAGCUACAUACACCAUUCUCAUUGAAGGCUUAGCAUAUGAAGGCUUGGCUAAGGAGGCUUUGGAGUUGUUGAGUGAGCUAUGUGCUAGAGGGGUUGUGAAGAAAAGUUCCGCGGAUCAGGUGGCGGUAAGGAUGUAGUGUAACUACAGUUUUACCUUUGAUUGUGACUGAUAGUUUGGGAAGACAAUUAUGCACUUGGAUUUUCUAAUCCGAUCUCUUUCUCCCCACCCAAACAAAGAUUCUACAGUGUUAUUGUUUGCUCACUUCUUUCUCAUUAGAAGCGAAAUCCAAAAUCAAUUUUGUCAGUUCAUGUAA